UACAUAUGAACGAAUAACCAUGAAUUUUGUUCACUAUAUAAACACGCCGAACUUCCCACAACUAAACAAUUUGAAUCAAUCCCCUCUACUAUUUAAUUUCCUCCCUCUCCAUCUCGCUCGCCGGCCUCUCGCCGGAAUCUGGCCAUGGCAAUUACAAAAGCCAUGGCGACGUCGUUAGCGGGAAAUUUGAAAAGGGUCGUCGGAAUGCCGCUAGUUGCUGUCCUCUUCUCCUUCAUUUUCUUCUUCACGAUUCCCAGCUGUGUUUCCCAACUCACAAGGCUGGAACACCAAGUGAAGGACGACGGUUCGCUCAGCCUUUUGGUUGUUGGGGAUUGGGGCAGGCGUGGCCAUUUCAACCAGACCAUAGUUGCUUCCCAGAUGGGAAGAAUUGGGCAGGAAUUAGAUAUAGACUUCGUGAUUUCAACGGGUGACAAUUUUUACGAUGAUGGGCUUAAAGGCCCACACGAUCCAGCUUUUGAAGAGUCUUUCACAGAGGUUUACACUGCAAAUAGCCUCCAGAAGCCAUGGUAUACCGUUCUAGGGAAUCAUGACUACAGAGGUGACGCGGUUGCACAAUUGGAUCCUUUUCUUAGGAAAGUUGACAGUAGAUGGCUCUGCCUCAGAUCUUUCAUGCUCGAUACAGAAAUUGCAACGUUCUUUUUUGUGGACACGACACCGUUCGUGGACAAGUAUUACACCGAGAAAUCCCACACUUACGACUGGCGAGAUGUCUCGCCACGCAGAGCCUACCUUGCCAACCUUCUCAAGGAUUUGGAGAAUGCACUAAGAGAGAGCAGCUCGAGAUGGAAGAUCGUGGUUGGCCACCAUGCAAUCAGAAGCGCCGGCACCCACGGCGACACCGAAGAGCUCAUACAACAUCUCCUUCCCAUUCUAAAGGCCAACGAUGUAGAUCUGUAUGUAAAUGGUCAUGACCAUUGCCUGGAGCACAUCAGCAGCCAUGAUAGCCCGAUUCAGUAUCUGACGAGCGGAGCGGGCUCGAAAGCAUGGAGGGGUGACACUAAGAAGUAUGAUGAACGUGUGAUGAAGUUCUUCUAUGAUGGUCAAGGAUUCAUGUCCAUGCAACUCACAAGCACCAACGUUGAGGUUCUGUUCCAUGAUGUUCUUGGUGAAGUUCUGCAUCGGUGGAAGGUCUCUAAGGACCUUCACUCCUCUAUAUGAUCGAGGAACGAGGAUUCUUCUUCACACGUUUUUUUCCAAUUGAUUGCACAUAAUUCCAUUUUUGUUUCCAUGCAGGAAUUUUUUCCCCGAUUGUUUCUCUUUUGGGGGAAUUGAUUUUUUGUUGUGUAAAUAUGAUUAUUUUGUAAAUAUAUUUGUUUUCUUCCUUUCUUUAUUUACCAUCUUAUAAGUUAGAAUGUAAUAGUGUGUUGAGAUGUAUAUACAUAGAGUAUGCUCAUUGUAAAUCUCUCACAAUUUUCCCCCCAAUUAUGGGUACUUAUUGGUGUUGUAACAUUUUUUUUCUCUU